AUGCGUGAAGAAGCUGCCAAUGCGAUACUAGACGCCGACCUUGAUUCAGGCUCGAGAUCGCCUGUGAGCGUCAGCUCGCCCUCCUCCCAAGCACCACUUCGUUCGCCUCGGUACUAUUUCCAACCAGAUGAGCCUGAAGAGACAUGGCUACCAGGUCAGCUGCCCUCUUUCCCUUUCCAGAUGCCGCAGUUUCCUGGCAGACCGCGCAUGCCGCAGAUGCCUCAGAUGCCACAAUUUCCAUCUCUACCGCAGUUCCCACCGCUGCCAAACUUCCCGCAGAUACCGCAAUUUCCACAAAUGCCUCAGAUGCCUCAAAUGCCUGAUGCUGCACAGCAAAUGCUUGAACGCGUGCGCCAAUCCUUCGAUGCUUAUCUCAACCCGACGGGAGAUAUUCGAGCUGAAGAUGUGCCCUUCAUCGAUCUCAGCAACGACGACCGCGCCGAACGUCCCGCGACAGAUGGUACCACGGUUAAGGAACCGUCACUCCCGCAGUACGUUCUGGAGCGGUUCACGCAGUCGCUCGUGCGCUUCAGGAACGAUUUGAAUCCGGCUUUGUUCGAAGAUAUCCCGACAUUAGAUCUCUCGCAAGAUCGUGAUCCCGAAGGGUUGCAGUUCUGGGGUGAAGAUGGUGGGCGGCUGAAUCGCUUCGUUGCCGGCGAUGAAGACGAUGAGGACGACGAAGACGAGGAGAGUAGCAGCGAUGAAAGCGAACAUCAUGAAGAUGAAGACGACGAUGAGGAUGAUCUUGAUGUUACCAAAAAACGUGGUAAGGAAUUCGACCUGCCAGGUCAUGUGUAA